CACACACACACACACACACACACACACACACACACACACACACACACACACACACACACCAGUUGGGAGUGGAGAGAGAAAGAGACAGACACCUACGAGAUACACAGCAUUUCAAUAGCUGAAAGCAGAUAUGGCCUCCGCUGCAGCAUCACCUACCCCCUCACUGGAGAAGCAAUUGCAAUGCUCCAUCUGCCUAGAUCUAUUUGAGGAUCCCGUCACUACAGCGUGUGGCCACUCUUUUUGUAAGAAAUGUUUGCAACGUAACUUUAGCCUCAAUGUUCAAGCGUGCCCACUAUGCAAGCAGCAUCUGAUGAAAACCCCAGAGUCGAACAUUGUCCUGAGAACCAUUGUCGAGCAGGUGAAAAAGAUCCCGGAGGAAGACGUUGAGAAGUACACCGGAGCGCCCGGCGAAGUGGCCUGUGACAUUUGCACAGAACGAAAGCUCAAGGCUACGAAGUCCUGCCUUGUGUGCCUUGCGUCGUAUUGUUCGACCCACCUUGAGAAUCAUUCUUCAACUGAAAGGUUGAAGGGCCACAAGUUGGUGCAUCCUGUCGAGAACCUGGAUGAGAGGGCCUGUCUGAAGCAUGGACGGCCCUUGGAGCUGUACAGCAGAAAGAGGGAGAAAUGCAUUUGUGUACGCUGUUUGGAAGAAGAUCAGGAGGAGGUUGUGUCUACUGAACACGAAUGGGACCAGAAGAAGGUCAAGCUUGAAAACACAAAGGCAGACUUGCAAGAGAAGAUUAAGAAGAGAAAAACACGAGUGAAUGAGACUAAUACAUCUCUUAAGAGCUGCAAGGACCAAAUGGAGAAUGAGUGGUGGGAUAUUGACGGUGUGUUCCUAGCUGUGAUUGCCAUUGUGGAGGAAGCCCAAGCUGCGGCUCUUAAGCCACUAAAGGACAGACGGGAGGUUGUGGAGAAAGAUGCAGAAUACAUCAGAGAGAAGUUGGAAAAAGAGAUUAGAGAACUUGAGAAAGCGGUCUCUGAGCUGGACGAUAUAUCUGCGCUUGAGGAUCACAUCCUUUUCCUUCAGAGUUACCCAUCUCUUCAAGACUUGGACUUCAAAGACUCGACGAAGGUAGAGCUUGACACAUCAGUGUCUUUUGGCACCAUGAGAAAGACCACCAUAGCCAUGUUGGAACAAGUUCAACAGCAACUGGACAAGCUGACCUCCAUUGAACUUAAGAGAGUUCCAAAGUUUACAGUGGAUGUAAAGCUGGAUCCAGCCACCGCGCACCGACACCUUGUUCUUUCUGAUGAUGGGAAGGAAGUGAAAGAUGAUGGGGAGGAACAGGAAGUGGAUGAUGCUCCGGAGAGGUUUGAUAUUUUCGGCAGCAUCCUGGGGCUCAACAGGUUGACCUCUGGGAAGUCUUUCUGGGAGGUCGAGGUCACCAACAAGUCGGGGUGGGACCUCGGUGUGGCAAGGGGCGAUGCAAACCGCAAGGGAGAACUCCUGCUGAACCCAGAAAACGGUUACUGGGUCACGGUACAUUACGAGGAUGAUAAGUACGCAGCCCUGACAGCGCCGCCAGUUCGUCUUUCACUGGAAAAGAAACCUGAGAAAGUUGGGGUGUUCGUUGACUACGAGAAAGGUCUUGUGUCCUUCUACGAUAUCAAGGCCCAAUCUCACAUCCACUCAUUUACUGAGUGUUCGUUCGGUGACGAGCUCUUCCCAUAUUUCAGUCCUCAUGUAAAACACGACGAGAACAACUCUGGUCCUUUGAUAAUUUCUCCUGUGAAACAUUGUGAGAAGGAUGUCAAUGAAGUGAAGAAAGUGCAAGACUAGCAGUUCAAAUGUUGUGUGUUUCUGGGAGUUUGGUAAGUCCUGCCCAUUGAAGCUUGAUGAAUUUUCAAAAAUUAAUCAAUAGCAGAGUUGUGAAGAAUCUGUAGGAUUCGAAUUUAUAAAAUGGUUUGUGAAAUUGUAGGUGGAACUAUAAAUGAUGAGUCAGCAACACAGUGUGCUGAAAACAAGCCUUUGGGAAUAGUAAUGCAAUAUUAGGGGAUGCUAGUUCAGCUACAUUUCCCAUUAGCAUUAGGGUAGCGUAGUAGGUGGUGGUGUAAUUGAAAGAGAGUGUCUUUAUUUUCUAUAUUCAUGUUUUUCAUACUUUAUUAUAUACAACCUUCAACAAAGCUGUAGCUUAAUACCAGUAGCUUGGCUUUAUGAGCUACUGAAUGGGGACAUGUUCAUAUACAGCCAUUAUACAGGCUAAAUGCAUACAAAGGUUUAACACUGUUGUAUGACCAAAUUGGUAUAAAUUAUAGUUUAAGAGUUAUUCAACUUAAUUACAAACAAUGAUAUCUUCUUUUUGUAUUUACUUUCUUUAAUUGGGUGGAGGGGGGGGUUAUUUUACUGGGCAGGAAAUGUCAAGUCUGUGUCUUCAUACAAUGUACCCUGAAUAUUUACAACAUAUACUGUAAUAACAUAUUUUGGAAUUAUUACAUAAAUAAAAAAUCAACUAUU